AUGAUCAAAAAGAUAGUGAAUAGCAUUCAAGAAACUGGGCUAAAAGUUGUUGCUACUAUUUGCGACCAAGGUGCUAACAAUGAAGGCGCUAUUAAAUUGUUACACGAAGACACACGAGCUUACUGUUUAAAAAACAAUCAACAUUACAAUGAAGAUUUUUAUGAAAUUCAAUGUAAUGAUCAUGAAAGAGUGAAGAUUAUACAUCUGUACGACCCGCCCGCAUCUACUUAA